GGGGUUUGGGAGGUGAAUCACAUUUCCUGCGGGAAGGAGAAGGUGGAGUUUGGCCCUUUGUUCUAGAGCCCGGAGAGCUGGUCAAACAGGAAGAGCUGAUUUCAAAUUGCAGUAGAAGGGCUGGAGGAGGAGGAGGAGGGUUGAUGCUGAGAGGCAGGCGGCACCAGAAGAAGCGCGAAAUAGGUGGAUGGUCAAGAAGUGCCAAGGCAGCUGCAGCUGCAACAAGGCCAGCUCCCAGGUGCUCUGCAGAGACCACGAGAACAGAGGACUUUAACUCAGAUGUAUUUUGAUGGCCUGAUCCCAAACUGCAAAGAUGUGUCGGCUGGGUCACCUUGAUUCCAGCAGCACCCAGAAGCUCUUGAUGAAAACAGGACUCAUCCUGAUAGUCAUUGGCCACCUAAACUUCAUCACCAGUGCUCUGGUCCAUGGGACGGUGUUGCGGCACAUUGCCAACCCACAUGACACCAUUUCCCUGCAGUAUGCCAUCUCCAACAUUGUGACCGUGAUCUCUGCCAUCUUGACAAUCUCCUGUGGAAUAGCAGCAAUUGUGCUCUCCAGAUAUGUAUCCCGGAAAUCACUGAGAUGGGCCGUUUUCUCCCUCAGCAUCAGCAGUGCCCUCCUCUCGCUGUUCUGCUCAGUGGGGCUGGCCAUCGCUAUCAUCUUCACAUUCAUCAACAACGGGCGAUCCCUCCUGGCUCGUUGCACCUUUGCCAACGUGGAGAUCAUCCAGAUUGCACACGAGUGCCCUUUCGACCCCACCCGGGUCUACAGCUCUGCUUUGGUCCUUUGGGCCAUAUCCUUCUUCCUGGAUGCCGUGGAGAUCAUCUUCAGCAUUCGAUGCUUCCUGAUCACCCUUGUGCUCCUGAAUCUGAGGCUGUGUCGCAGGCGGACACGCAAGAAGAAGGUCUCCCUGCAGAUUGUCAUGCCUGAGACCAGAGAGAGCUGCGAGGGCCACAAUCUCCUGAGGUUGGACCACAUGGAGACGGCGCGGCUCUAGAGGCCAGUUGUUGCCGCUGCCCAGAUUGUGGCUGCUCUUGUGGAAGCACCACCGACUCUUGCAGUGCC